AUGUCGUUCAUAUACAGAAGAGUUUCCAAAAUGCUAUCUAUGUGUGCUCAGGGAGGAGGCAUAAAGGAAAUUCUUCAUAAAAAGGAAGAUAAGUCGAUUAAAAAGAUAUACUUUCUAUUACACAAGGCAUUGGAAGACCUGGAUAUUUUGAACCGAGUGUACACAAAGUAUUUGUCAGAAAUUUGCAAAAAUAAGUUUCUGGGAAUUGUGCUAUUAUGUGUACUGGUGCAAAGAAAAAAAAUUGACGGUGGAGGGAAAUUAAAAAAAGAAAUUAUGAAGAGAGAAAAAGAAAUUCUCCAUUUUUAUAACACUUUGAAAGAAAAAGAAGAAAAAAAAAAUUGCACAAGGCAAAUUUUAAAAAUAAAAAAAUUAAAGAAAUAUUUUAUUAUAUAUGAUCAAGACGAGAAAAAAAAUGACAUUUUGGAAAAAUUAAGAACACUUUUUCCAGUGGAAGAAGAUGAAGAUGUUGAAAAUUUGUAUGAAAUUGAAAGUGACAAAGUGGGUGCAUUAGUAAGCACCACUACUUAUAAAGAAAAUAAAAUAAGAAUAAUAGAUAAAACAUCAUGUCUUGUUGUACAGGCAGGUGAAAUCAAAGAAGGAAUGGUUAUCGUGGAUGUUUGUUCUGCUCCUGGAAGCAAAGCUAUUUUAAGUCUUAUGUUAUUAAAAGAAAAAGGGUAUUUAAUAUGUAUUGAAAAAAAUAAAAAAAGGUGCUUUACCCUAUUGCAAGAAAUUUUAAAACAAAACCAUGAUUAUGGUGGUAUAUAUCUCGAUGAAAGUUUCACAGAUUGUAAAAAAUUUGAUUUUAACGAACAAAACUUUUUUAUAAACUAUAAGGAUACGCAUGUUUAUUACAUAAAACAUAGAUACAAUGAUAUUUUGAUGAAAAUUUACAAUGCUGAUUUUUUUCAUCUAUCUGAGGAAGACUUUUCCUCCUUCGGAAAAAUAGACGUUGUAUUCGUCGAUCCAUCUUGCUCGUCCAGUGGGAUGCCUGACUUUGUCCACAAGCACAGGAUGCAGCAGAUAUUUGGGAAUUCGUUCGAGAGUGGAGAAGGGGAUGGUGAAGGCUUGGUUAGUGGGAAAGGAGAUAAUGAGGAAAUGGCUAGCUGGAAGGGGGAUAUCGAAGAAUUGGUUAGUGGGAAAGGGGAUAAUGAGGAAAUGGCUAGCUGGAAGGGGGAUAUCGAAGAAUUGGUUAGUGGGAAAGGAGAUAAUGAGGAAAUGGCUAGCUGGAACGUGGAUACCAGGGGCAUGGCGAGCAAGCAAGAGGAUCUAAACCCUAUUAGUAACUUUUUAGAACAGGUGGCUGAAGGGAGAAUUCCAAGAGUACCCCGUCCGUUCCAAGAGAAAGUGAAGAAUCUCGCAAAGUUUCAAACAAAGAUUCUGAAUCAUGCAUUAGAUACGCUUAAAAUAGCGAAAACGUUUAUAUAUUCCACGUGUUCCUUUUUUGAAGAAGAAAAUGAACAUGUUAUAGAAUCCGUUUUGCAAUCGAACCCAAACUUUUCUUUGGAGAAGGCUGGAAAGGAAAAGUUUCUUUUUACCAGUGGCACCUCUGCUGUUUCGAGGAAGUGUGUCCGAACCUUCCCAGCACAACAUUCCUGCAGAGGGAUCUUCAUUUCGAAGUUGCUUCGCUCGAGUGGGGGAUUAGAGCAGGAACCAUGUUAA